AUGAAUGACCAGUUAGUUAAUGUUAUUAAACAAUGUGAUGUGAUGUUAACACCACAGGUAUUUAUUUCGAUUGAUUCAAAUGAAGAUGCCUCUGAAAACGUGCCAAAUAUUUCUAUCGGCGAUGAACCAAUGUUAGAAGUUAGUGAACCGGAAGAAAGUUCUAAUAAGAAGGCUAAAGGGAAAGGUAAAGGGAAGAGAAAAGGUAAAAGUUCGACAAUAUCACAAUCCAAGGGCAAGAAAAGUAAAAGACGAAAAGAUGAUGUUGAAGCGGAGAGUGAGGAGAGUAACUGUUGUUUAAUUUGCUUUGAAACAUUUGAUGACUCACCCAAUUGGAUUUGUUGCGACAGGUGUAAUAAAUGGGUACAUGGUCAUUGCGUUGGCAUACAAACAGAGGAACAGUGGGAAAACUACACAGAUGAAACAGUUCAGUUUUAUUGUCCAUUUUGUGAAUAA